AUGGAGGGCGACGGCAGCGCGAUGGAGGAAGCAGUGGUGCUGGAUGAAGACGACGCCGUCGUCGAAAAGAAGGAGGAAGACGCGGCACCGGUCGAGCAGACAUGGAAGGACGCCACGAUGAUGAGUAUUCCCGAAAUUCGGGAAGAAAUGGCACUCGUCAAGAGGGAAAUCGAGGACAUUGAGGACCAAUUGAAUGAAGAUGACGAAGAUGAUGAUUAUGAGGUGGUAGUGCCCAACAUUCCCCCGCACUGCGUCCCCAUUCGCGCAGACGUACAUAAUCCAUCUUUGCGAUCUUCACUCGCCUCAGCAUGGGCCUCUAAACAAGUCGAUGGGCAACAGGCGCUGGGCAAACAGGUCCAGUUCGAUGUCAUCGUGAUGGACCCUCCGUGGCAGCUUGCCGGUUCCGCCCCCACGCGUGGUGUGGCGCUGGGCUACAAGCAGCUGCACAACAAGGACAUCGAAAAGAUCCCCAUCCCGCUGCUGCAGACCAACGGCUUCCUAUUUAUUUGGGUCAUCAACGCCCGCUACGCCUUUGCGCUCGACCUCAUGGAGAAGUGGGGCUACAGGUUCGUGGACGACAUUGCGUGGGUGAAGGCGACGGUCAAUCGUCGUAUGGCCAAGGGGCACGGCUUCUACCUGCAGCACGCCAAGGAGACCUGUCUGGUGGGCCUGAAGGGCGAAGAUCCGCCCAACAUGCGCGGCAAUCGGUGCUCGGACGUCAUUUUCAGCGAGCGACGAGGGCAGAGCCAGAAGCCAGAGGAGAUCUACCACAUCAUGGAAGCCCUGGUGCCCAACGGGAGGUACCUGGAGAUCUUUGCCCGCCGAAACAACCUCCGCAACCAUUGGGUGUCGGUGGGCUUGGAGCUCUAG